GUGGGAGAGAGGAGCAAAAGUUAUGGUCAAAGGCUGGUCCCCUCUUAAUAAAUUCAAUCCCAACAAUCCAUUCAGGAGAGUCAAUCUCUCUGGGCAAGGCCCCACCACCAAAUAUCAUCGGCCACCCUCCUAAGUCCCCACCACCGUUCCAUAUUUCCAUCAUGAACGACAUCGAGAUGUCCACCCAGCAGCCACCAAAAGGGGCCUCAGAGGCCUCCUCCUCCGCCUUAGGGCUGACUCUGUCGGCCCAAUCUCACGGCCAAGGCCAGCAACAGCACCCUACCGUCCACAAGACCGGCAGGCACUACAUGCCUCUCUUGAUCGUCAACUACCUAUGCCUCUUCGUUGGCUCCGUCUCCUCCAGCUUGCUAUCCAAGUACUACUUCAUCCACAAGGGCUCCAGCCGGUGGGUCUCCACCUGGGUCCAGUCCACCGGGUUUCCCCUCCUCCUCCCCCCGAUUUACCUCCCUUACUGGUUGAACUACACUGAGCGGCGGCCGUUCACCGAGUUCACCCUGAAGCUCCUCGCCUUCUCCCUAUUCGUGGGCCUCUGCUUGGGCGUCAACAACCUCCUCUUCUCGUGGGGCAACUCCUACCUGCCCGUCUCGACCUCGUCCCUCCUCCUCUCGACCCAGCUCGUGUUCAACCUCAUUCUAUCCGUCGUAAUCGUGAAGCAGAAGGUCACAUUCUCGAACCUCAACUGCGUCAUCCUCUUGACAUUGAGCUGCGUCCUCCUGGCCCUCGGCUCGAGCCACGACCGCCCUGAAGGCCUCACUCAGGCUAAGUACUUCAUCGGUUUCUUCUGCACCAUCUGCGCCGGACUCUUGUUCGCCUUGUAUCUUCCGAUGAUGGAGAAGAUCUACCAGAAGGUCUACUGCUAUGCGAUGGUGAUGGAGAUGCAACUCGUGAUGGAGGCGGCGGCCUCAGCCCUGGCAAUGGUGGGCAUGGCGUCAGAUGGCGGGGUCGAGGAGAUGAGGAUAGAGGGGGAACGCACGUUCGACCGGGGCCUCUGGGUUUACGUGGUGACGGUGUUCUUCAACGUGGUGACUUGGCAGCUCUGCUUCAUGGGGACGGCAGGGAUGAUAUUCCUGACGUCCGGUCUGACUGGCGGGAUCUGCAUGACGGCGCUGCUGGCCAUGAACGUGGUGGGUGGGGUUGUCGUGUACGGGGACGACUUUGGUGGGGUUAAGAUUGUGUCCACCGUGCUGUGCACGUGGGGCUUCUGCUCCUACGCUUACGGCCUGUACCGGAAGAUGGUGCUGGAGAGAGAGGGAGAGGGAAGGAAGACUGGGGGUGAUGGCUUGGAGAUGGCCCCUAUGAUUCUGGCCGAUGGCGUCUGAGGUGCCGAACAAGGACCUGCUCAGCUCGUCACCACCAUUACAACAAUAUAUACACAUAUACAUAGACCAACUUUUAAUGAAAUUUGGUGGUGAAGGUUAAUUAUAUGUAUGUCUCUUUAACUUAACAUAAUUUGCCCGCUUGCAUCACCACCGUCCCCUUUUAUCCUUGUUCUGUUUCUGAAAUUGAAUAUACUAUUAUGUUAUGGAACUU